AGCCGUGCCGCCCUUCUCCCCUCCCUCCCCGUUUCCUGCCGUGCUCCCUUCCCUCCCUCCCUCCCUCUCUCUCCGCUCGGCAGGUCGGGGCGCGAGGCGGCGCGGAGCACGGCGGUCCGGCGCGGUGCCGCUGAGGGCUUUCUGUUUUGCCAAAUCCAGCAGAGGACCAGAGCCAGCAAGAAGACUGGGUGGAAGAGAAGCUUUUGAAGAGGGCUGAAGAUCUGUGGUGGUUCUGUGGAGUGCUUUGGUAGGGGAAGGAAUUUGCUGAGCCGGAAAGAUGCGUGAAUAUACUGAGAAGAAAGAAACAUGCGGGACUAUCUGUCUCAAAUACCUGCUUUUCAUCUUCAACUUUUUUUUCUGGCUGGCUGGCGGGGCUGUGAUGGCAGUGGGCGCCUGGACCCUGGCUAAGAAGAGUGACUACAUCAGCCUGCUCUCUUCUAGCACGUAUUCAGCAACUGCUUAUAUUCUGGUGGUGGCAGGGGUGGUUGUGAUGGUUACUGGCAUCCUUGGCUGCUGUGCCACCUUCAAGGAGCGUCGGAAUUUGCUAAGAGUGUAUUUCAUAUUGUUGCUGUGCAUCUUUCUCCUGGAGAUCAUUGCUGGAAUCCUGGCCUAUAUCUACUACCAGCAGCUGAGCACGGAGCUGAAGGAAAAUCUGAAGAACACCAUGACUCAGAAGUACCGCAAAGAGGGAGAAGAGAGAGUGACCAGUGCAGUGGACAAACUGCAACAGGAGUUCAAGUGCUGUGGGAGCAACAACUACACAGACUGGGCUGACAGCAUGUGGAUCAAAUCUCCAGAGGCCAGUGGAAGGAAAGUUCCUGACAGCUGCUGUAAGACAAUAACUGACCUGUGUGGCCGAAGGGAUCAUCCUUCCAACAUCUACAAGGAGAAUGGUUGCAUUACCAAGCUGGAAAACUUCAUUCAAGAACAUCUGAAAAUUAUUGGCAUAGUUGGGAUCAGCAUUGCUUGUGUGCAGAUCUUCGGGAUGAUUUUCACUUGUUGCUUGUACAGGAGUUUGAAGCAGGAGCCAUAUUAAUAGCUGUGGGAACUCUGUCAGCUCCCCCUCUGCCACUUCCCUUAGUGCCUGCCAACCUCACCACCCUCCACUACCACCACAGAAGUGUCUGCAACCUGAGGACUUCUCUCUAAUUAAAUGCCUUACCUGCCCCUUUUGGGGAAAGUCACCCUCCUCAUUGUGCACAAGGCAGCCAGGAAUUCAGCAGGUCCUCUUCACUGUCAAGAAACAGAAGAGUUGUGGAUCUUCUGCUAGAAGCUUUAGCAAAACAGUCCCUUGAUGUAACUAGAAGGCAAGAUUUAUCUAGGGCCAUUUCUCCUGGGGCUCUUCCUGAGCUAGUGUGAAAGUAUUGGGAUGCUACACAGGAACCAGUUUGCUUUCUGAGAAGUGGCUCAGCAGAGCUGGGCGUUGACUGUGAGGACAGAUGAUGUUUCUGCGCUGAGCUGGAACCAGAUUCGAAUCUCUCAGACACAGAAGAUUUGUCAUUCUCCCCCCAGCCUGUGCACUGAUGUCCUAACACAGCUGUUCUCCACCUGAGAAGAUGCCUGUCUGGUUGUGUGGGGCAGGAAUUGCUCUCUGUGCUGAUCAGGAGCACAUCUUGAUACAGCUGAGAUCUUGUUGCAGCUCUAAUAUUGUCAAGAUCUGGGUGCCUUAGUAUUUCUCAGCAAUCCUUCCUCCUCUUCCUUGAAGCUUCCCUGCAACGCAGUGCCAUUAGGAGCCACAAGAAGCCUUUUGCCACCUAGCAAUUCUAGAGCCAAAGACAUUGGACUGCUUUCUAAUUCUUUUGGGUCUAGUCUUUUUUAUUUAGUGGCUUCCAGUGUGAAUGAGAAAGCUCAAAGGCUUGUCCCCUGCUGUGAUUUGGUGAAAAGCUGGUCAGUGGAGCUGACAUAUCAAGCUACCCUUUGGCCUGUUUGGUUAGUGGGAAUGCCUCAUCAUAUCUCUUACAUGUUGAGAGACACCCUGGGCUGGGCUUGAUGCUCUAAUAAAAACCUCCAGGCUUGUCUCUCUUGGGUGGGAAAUGAAUAUAUACAAAAGUUGUAUCAGCCUCCAAAGAGCUCAUUAAUCAGCUGAGGGUUUUCUGGCUUUAAUGAGAUCUGGAAGCCCACUUUCCAGACUAUCCCAGAAGUAAACAGUAGAGUCAGCUUCCCCCAGUUGCUCCAGUGUAUUUGGUAAAUUGGUAGUGCUGGGUUUAACUGUCUGUUUAAUUAAAUAGAUUUAAUUAAAUGUUAUCUCUGCAUUGGGAUCCUGGCUACCUACAGGGCAUAAAUGUGACUGCUGCUGUGGAAUUGGUGCCACUGUUAUGCCAACAAGGUCUUAGUCUGAAUUCAUAGGACCUCGGGAGCCUCUCCUGUCCUGAGGGAUUUGAACAUUUUCUUCCUAAUCAUCCUGGAAAGGGCUCUCAUCAAGAAGUCUGCUUGGUAGAGCAGAAUUAUUUUAUUUUCACUUUCCUGACGUGCGUUGUGCACCCGUGAAGCAGAAAGGGCUGUAGGGAUUUGGGGUUCCUAAGCAGUGAAGAUAAUGCCCUUCUAUAAGCCAAGUAAUUUACUCACACUCUUGUCCUUUUGGUGGUGCCUUGGCAGCAUGCAUCAGCAAAAUCACCCAGAGCCCUGAAGGGUCUUGCAGCAUUGUGGAGGGUUUGAUGCACAGAGCAAUCCCAGACUGGUCCUUCAGAGGGGGCUGAAGGGUGACAAGUUAAAAUUCGGAGCAGGUAAAUCUGGAACUCCCCUGUCAACAGGAGCACCGUGAAAUAAUCCCUAACACUAAUGCAAAAAGAGGUGGAGGAACUGAGGUGUAUCCGUUGUCCUACAGCAAAGGGAAAGAGGGAAGAGAAAUCUAAAUUAUUGUGUAAUGAUCUAAAGGAGAAAUCUCUAAAUUAUUUCUUGUUUUAUAUUCAAGUUUCUGACAAGUGCUGACUACUAACUGAGGAAAAUAUUGAGCACGUUGCUUGAAGCAAUAUUUCUACUUUCUUACAUGUAUCUUCUUACGUGCCUUUGCCUGUUUCCUUGAAAUGCAUUGUGCAGGGCUGGGAGAGGCCAGGAAUGAGGCUGGAAGAAUGAGAUAGGAACAGAGCUGGCUUGUGUCCAUUGAGUUGUUUUAUACUUUUUCUCUGAAUAAUAAUAUUCAUUGCUUUUUUUUUUUUUUUUUUUUUUUUUUUUUUAACUCAAUUUAAGUUGCUGGCCAAUAGCAAAAUAAAGCUCUGUACUUACUCUGUGUAGCAAAACCAA